AGCUGCUGCCUAUCAUGGGCAUUAUCGUCAAUUAAUCUCCACUAAUUAAGAAUUAGGGUGCCCUAAUCCAGAUUUGAACUAUUUAACUCUCCAUUUCGCCUAAUUAACUUUCUCUCUCUCUAUAAUUUUUGGUAGGAUUAUUCCACUUCUUGUUGCUCCCUCACCCUCCCCUUCUCUUGUUUCUCUCUCCAUCCCUUGUAUGUUUCUCUCUCUAACUGGAUUGGUAAAAUUGGGGGCCUUCUGCUACGGGUUGAGACUCGAGAGACUUUCUAUAUUCGUGGAAAGUUUUCUGGAAAGGGUACCUGAAUGAGUUGAGGAUGCUGUAUUUCCAGUGGAAAUCAAUGUAUAGCAUAUUGGAUUUACCACAUUUUCCGAUAUAAUAUUCUCACCACACUUCUGCGAGGCAGGAAGAUAAUGGAUAGAUCGGAUACAUCAGGUUUUGUAAGCGGUGGAGGUAGUUUGUACGGGUUUGUUUCUCCUGUUUUCUUCAUUUUAGUGUAUGGAUUUUAAAAAUUUAGUCAAUAGCAUUCUUUCUCUGGUAGCCAUUCAUCUCUUAUAGAAAUUUAGUAUAGGAAUUUGAUUGGUGGGAGCUGGAAAAAAAUAAAAUAAAAAUGUAUCCCUCUAUCUCUAGCGACUUCACAAAGAUUGGUAAUGCUGGAGAUACUACUUUAAGGUUAGAUGGCUUUGGAUACGGGGCACGUGAGACUGUCACAAUCGGUAACAGUCAAACCAGCAACAGUGUUCAGGUUGCUGCUCCGGAUGAUGGAUGCAAGUUGGUUCUUGGUUUGGGCCCGACACCAAGUGCUUAUUCUGAUGAGUAUUCACCCUCCGGAGGUAACAAAUCUAGAGAAAUGAUUAAUCGCAGCCUCUCCUUUCAACGUGAUCUAAUGUUGAAACUAGGUUUGUGCUGCGGUCCUGAUGCAGUUACGAAUAUACUUGAGUUUUCGGCUUCCAACCACAGCCCUCGCGAUGCAACUCAUCAAAUACCUUCAGACGGCAGCAGGUUUGCAGUUCCUAUUGUUGACGAGGGCUCUACUUCGGCCAAGAAAUCAGGGGGGUACAUGACCCAACUUAUUUUGGCACCAAGAGCUGAAAAUACGGAGGUUUUGUGGUCAACGAGUAAGUCGUUGGAACGCGGUUCUCAAUCUCAUCACCAAACUUCCCAGCUGACUUCUGAGCCUUCAGCGAUUUCUAGUUAUUCCUUGAGUGCCAUAUCCGAGCCUGAUAAUGCUGCUGUGUCCUCAAAUAGCAGAGGCAGUAAUAUGAAGAAAUGCAAGUUUAGCGGAUGUACAAAAGGUGCACGAGGAGCAACGGGCCUGUGCAUUGGGCACGGGGGUGGACAGAGAUGCCAGAAGCCCGGAUGCAACAAAGGCGCAGAGAGCAAAACGGCCUACUGCAAAGCUCACGGCGGAGGGAGAAGGUGUGAGCAUCUCGGCUGCACUAAAAGCGCUGAGGGAAACACGGAUCACUGCAUAGCACACGGUGGGGGAAGGCGCUGCUCGCAUCCAGGAGGGUGCACCAAGGCCGCUCGAGGGAAGUCUGGUCUUUGCAUCAGACAUGGUGGGGGAAAGAGGUGUAAGGUUGAAGGCUGCGCUCGUAGCGCUGAGGGGAAGGUUGGUCUGUGCAUUUCUCACGGCGGAGGGCGCCGCUGUCAUUUCCUUGGCUGCGCCAAGGGUGCUCAGGGGAGCACCGCAUUCUGUAAAGCACACGGUGGGGGGAAGCGGUGCGUAUUUGCCGGUUGCAACAAAGGCGCCGAGGGCAAUACUCCCCUCUGCAAAGGGCAUGGGGGUGGGAAGCGCUGCAUGUUCGAUGGCGGGGGGAUAUGUCCUAAGAGCGUGCAUGGGGGCACAAAUUUCUGCGUCGCGCAUGGUGGAGGGAAGAGGUGCGCUGUCGCGGGGUGUACCAAGAGUGCCCGUGGCCGGACGGAUUGCUGUGUGAAGCACGGCGGUGGGAAGCGCUGCAAGUUUGAGAACUGUGACAAGAGUGCUCAGGGUAGUACAGACUUCUGCAAGGCCCACGGUGGAGGGAAGCGCUGCAGCUGGGACGAGGGGAAGUGCGAGAAGUUCGCGAGGGGGAGGAGCGGCCUCUGCGCUGCGCACACGAGCCUGAGCCUGAGCCUGCUCGAGACGAACAGAGGAGGGAUGCUGGGGCCGGGGCUCUUCCACGGGUUGGUACAUGCAAGUGGGAGCACGCUCGACAACACGUGCUCGUCAUCCGGUGUCAGCGUCGUCUCGGACUCGCUCGAGAAGCCGGCGAAAAGGCAGCAGCUCAUCCCGCCUCAGGUGUUGGUUCCUUUGUCGAUGAAGGCGAAGCUACCGGAGCAGCCGGAGAGGAGCGGCAGCGGUGGGAAGAGCUUAGAUUUGAUUGGGCCGGAGGGCCGAGUUCACGGCGGCGGACUACUCUCGUUGCUUGGGGGAAAUCUGAGUAAUGCAAUGAGCUGAUCUAUGCCAACUCCUAGUUGUAAAUUAUUGUGUAAAUUCUUCAUUAAAUUAAUUGUGGGAGUUCUUGUGUUAUCUUGUAAAAUAGAAUUUAAUGUUCAAUAAAGUUGUAAUUACUGAA